CAAAAGUUGAAGAUUUAUUGUGCAGAGGUUUAUUGUGUGCCACAGGUGAUAUUCUCUGCAUGUGAGCUGGGUGUGUUUGACCUCCUGCUGCAAUCCCAGAAGCCCUUGAAGGCAGGGGAGGUGGCUCGGGAGCUUGGCACCAGCGAGGAUGGCAUGGAGCGACUGCUGGACGUACUGGUGGGCAUCGAGAUUCUGGAAGUGGAGCACACAGAGGGCACAGCACACUACAGCAGCACAGAUGUGUCCAAUCUUUACCUGGCCAAAGCCAGUCCCAAAUCGCUGCAUGACAUGAUCAUCUAUAACUCUCAAACCAUCUACCCUCUCUGGAACAACUUGGUGGAUGCAGUCAGGGAAGGAAAGAAUCAGAAUGAAAAAACCUUUGGAUUAUCAUCUAAAGACAUCUUUUCAGCAAUUUACAGGUCAGAGGAGGAGAUGCUCAAGUUCAUGGGGCUUAUGAACUCAACGUGGGCCAUUGAUGGACAUGAUAUUGUCACUGCCUUUAACCUCUCUGGUUUUAAAUCCAUGGUGGACCUCGGUGGCUGCUCUGGUGCUUUGGCUCGGGAGCUGGCCAGGGAGUACCCCUCCUCCACGGUGACGGUCCUGGACCUGCCCAAAGUGGUCCAAACAGCCAAGCAACACUUCACAGAGAGUGGUUGCACAGUUGAGUUUCAAGAGGGAGAUUUCUUUGAAGGAGACCUACCUCCUGCUGAUCUUUACAUUCUUGCUCGGAUCAUCCACGACUGGAAGAAGGACAAGUGUGAAAAGCUGUUGAAGAAAAUACACUCAUCUACUUCUCCGGGUGGCGGUGUCCUGAUCGUGGAGGCCAUGUUGUUUGAGAGCCGGCGCGGGCCAAUCACAGCUCAGCUCUAUUCCCUGAACAUGUUGGUCCAGACGGAGGGGAAGGAGCACCCCCCGUCCCACUAUACAGGCAUGCUCACCCAGGCGGGGUUCAAGGACGUGCAGGUUUGCCGCACGGGGAAGUCUUAUGAUGCCGUCCUGGCCAUCAAAUGAAGACUGCACCAGAGACCUCCCCCCUCUGACUGUCCUCAACCCCCCCCCCCCCCCCCCAACACACGCACACACCGUCAAACAUUGAUCCCCACUAAAGCCUGCCUCAAACUCUCCUCCGGUCACAACUUGUUCAAGUGGCCAUGUUGUGGUUGGGUGUUUAGCUGUGAAACCUCGUCAUUUAUAAUCCAUCAGUGACUUUGGCUCCCUGUCUGAGACUGAUUAUCUUUCUGUGAAAACAAGAGAAGAGUGGAUUGCAUUACUCAAGAUGGUGAUCAAAAUCUAAACCUGAGAGACUUCUGGAGGCAUUAAACCAUAAUCUCAACAUAUUUUCCCUUAAUAUCUCUAUGUAGGAGUCAUCCUAAUCCUUACUUUGCUUUGUAGAAAACACCUUUGUUUUGACAACCAAGAAUAAGACUACAAACUCACAUCUGUCAGAUUGCCUUUAGUGAGUGUUUCAGUGUUAGAUGACAAACAUUAAGUGGAGGUUUGGACGUUGUGUUAUGAUGGAGUGCCAAGUCAAAUUGCCAUGGAAUUUCUGAAGAUGUCUCUGACUUGAUCUGAUCUUUAAGUAACAGAUUACCAAUUCCACAGCAAAAUGAUGUAGCCUACCAGGUGGCUGUGUUUUGGUGGGUUUACAUACUUGUAAAAUGAAGGGUCAUUAUAAUAGCUUUUUUUACUGUUGAAGCCCUAAGCACCACCUUCUCCUUGCCUUCCAGGUGUACCUCUUUCACUGUGAUUGCAGCCUUUAAUCCAUCCAUGUGUGGCCUAACAAUAUUCCUUCCACACAACACACAUUUUUCUAUAAGCAUGGCAACCUUAUCAUAGACUCAUUCACCUAGUCAGUUACCCAGGAAAACAAAGUACGAUUUAUCUAACUUGUUACAUGAUUACAAUAGACUUUACUGGAUAAUAUCGUAUUAUGAAGUUAUGGCAAGCUAAGAUUUGGACAAAUCUUGAUAUCCGAAUGUGAGACGCAUGAAGUGACAAGUUUGGGCCUGAACUCCACUGUGUCUAAGACUAUUUUCAUGUAGGUUUGAUGGCUAGAUACUUCUCUGUUGUUUACUGAAUUGUCGCCCAUUGUUGUUGGUAAAAACGCAGACUUGACUACAUUUUCGUUUACAAUGUGGCACGUGAAAAUAUGUGGACUAGCAACUCGGUAUUAAACAAAACCACCAUUUCCACAAAA